CAGAACCCAAAUACCGCGAGAGCACACAGCACCACAACCCCUGCUCAUCGCGAGACUACCAUCCAGCCCUUUGCCUGCCUGAAUCCAGCUGGUAGCCUGCCUGCCGUAGACGGUUCCGUAGCAGCUGAGGUGAGAGCCGCCAGUCAUCAUGGGAAACAUCUUUGGCAACUUGUUAAAGAGCCUUAUAGGCAAGAAGGAGAUGAGGAUCCUCAUGGUUGGGCUUGAUGCCGCAGGGAAAACCACCAUCCUUUAUAAGCUGAAGCUGGGAGAGAUUGUCACCACCAUCCCCACAAUCGGCUUCAAUGUAGAGACAGUGGAGUACAAGAACAUCAGCUUCACAGUGUGGGAUGUGGGUGGCCAGGAUAAGAUCCGUCCCCUGUGGAGGCACUACUUCCAGAACACCCAGGGUCUGAUCUUUGUGGUGGACAGCAACGACAGAGAGCGUGUGAAUGAGGCCCGUGAGGAACUGAUGAGGAUGCUGGCUGAGGAUGAGUUGCGGGAUGCUGUUCUUCUUGUCUUCGCUAAUAAACAGGACCUGCCCAAUGCUAUGAAUGCUGCCGAAAUCACAGACAAGCUGGGCUUGCACUCACUACGCCAUCGCAACUGGUAUAUCCAGGCCACCUGUGCCACCAGUGGAGACGGUCUCUACGAGGGCCUGGACUGGCUGGCCAACCAGCUGAAGAACAAAAAAUGAGAGGUCAGGUCAGUCGGGUGGGGAAGAGCCUGAGUGCCAGCUCCAGGUAGAGGUUAAAGUGGAUCCAAUGUGUUUACAUGGAGGGGUGGUGCUGAAAAGCUCCCAGGGGGUGACUCUCAAUGGCUUUUUUCCCCCAAAAUAUUUUAACUUCAUCUCUUGAUUUUGAUUAAUCUGUUUGGAUCUGCAGUGAGCUUCAUAAAUAUUAUAAACCAAUGUAACUGAAGUUGACCUUAAAUAAUUCAAUUUUGACAAGCUAAUUACGUAAAUACUGGGAUUUCAUAAUAUAAUGUUACAGUGAAGCAUAUUUAAGUCUCCUACAUUACAGAAUUUAUGACCUCCAUCACAUUUUAAUGUGUUCAGAUGACAGAGCAAGCUUCCUUCAGAUGCUUGUAAAUGUAAGCUGUAAUGAAUGUCUUUAUAGGAGCACUGCCACUAUCUGAGAAUACUAUCACAUUGUUAAAACAGUAUACUUGUGCAGAGUCAAAUAAAUGUGAAGAUUUUGCUUUUCGUCUAUGCUAAUGUUUUACCUACAAAGUAUGUGCAGAACUCAAAUUUUAUUUUAUAAGAACUUUAUUUCACAUUGAAUCAAAAUGUAUUUAUUUUUAUCUUUUAUUUAUUUUAGCGAACACAACUAAUGACAUACUGGAUUGUUUAAAAGUGAUAUAUUUGUCAACCUUAAUGUAUUUAAUUAUUUAUUUCCAAGUUUGUCAGCAUAACAUGGUUCGUCUCCCUUUUAUAUUGCACUGUUCAUUACCCGCUAAGGCAGCUGUUGGUUAAAGAAGCCCCAGUAUCACUGUAUAUUCCCGUUUCCCAAUCUGCAUGGAGAUAUCCCAGUACUGGCUUGUGGGCUUGCAAGAGCUGUGAAGUAUCGCAGGCCGCUGCUUUAAAUAACGAUUUGUUCUUGGUCGAGUUGCCUGGAUCAGUAAGGGUUAAAACAAUUUGUCUGGUGUCAGCGAGGUGUGAUAUCUGCACUGAUACAGAUGAUGGACCAGGCUCACUGUACCAGCUCUGUGGCUUAGAAAAAAUGCUGCUAUCGGCCUGCCAUUUGGAGAGCGAUUUAUCAGAGCAUGUGAUUGGCAAUAUCAGAGAGCUUACAUCGUUUCAAAUGUUUCUUUUUUAAUCCGUUUGUGCGAGCAGCUGCAUUAUUUCCAUCAAAAGAACUCACAUUGCUUGUAAUCCUAAUUUUUUUCAGCCCUAAUUGGCGUGACAUUAAAUGUGUUUCUUGUGUUAAUUGUAUUUCUCUGUGACAUGCUAGCACAACAUAACUCUAGAUGCAUUAACAUUGUACAAAAUGUAAUGUCUGGGUUUUUUUUGUUUCUCGUAUUUCUAAAUGGAGUGUUUAUUUAUUUUGGACCAAAAGGCAAGUGUUAAUUUUAGUGUCAUGUUCUUUCUUUGCUUACUAGAGCAGACAGUUGUCUUUUUAAGUGUUCACACAAAUCUCAUAAUUUGAAAAAAUAGGGGAGAGGAUGAUAGAAAUACUGCAUCAUAAGGCAUGUUAAUACUGUACAAGAUCUGUAAUAAAAGUCAAAUAUAAUAGCCUGUUUCUUCAGACUAUAUUUGUUAGUCUAAAUUACUGCUGCUGUUGGAAAAAUGCUAUACUGAUAAAUGUCAUGGAUUUAGUGUAAAGUUUACCGAACAACCUUCUAAUAUGCAAAAGCAUGCUUUUCUAUGUCAGCGCCACUGUAUAUAUGUUUAUGUAAUAUGAAAAGUAUACCAUGGUACUUGCAGUCAAAUUGAAAGUGUUUUUGAUGCACCUGACGAUAUGGGGUCAGUGUGUAUGCAGAUAUGUUGAACUGACAGCAGCUUGUGUGUGUGAUGUGCUCUCUAUUACGUUCAGUUUGGUGUGAACAUUGUUUUUGUGGCCUUAUAAUGCCGGUGGUUAAGUUCUCUUUGAUAACAGGUUUGUAUGUAGGAAUGUCCACCAUUCGAGUAUCUCGCCUAUGAUCUGUAACACUGAUGCACUCACAGUACUGCUGUGGCUUUAUGUCCUCUCAAUGAUUAUACUGGCAGAUUUUAACUUGGAAAAAAUGUAGAAAAUCAGACAUGCAGAACAUUCCAGACAAUAAUGUUGAUUCAAAAGGGAAGAAAACGAAUUUUAUCAAAAGCAGUGAACUAAUAUCAAGAGAAGGUAACAUAAAUGACACAGACGAGUGCAGAAGUGUUGAAUGAUUUAAUGAUUCUUGGCACUACAUCAAUUGAUCAAUCAAUAAAAAAGACCAAAACAUA